GUUGGUGCCUAUUCCAAGAUGGCGGUGCAGGAAUCAGCUGCUCAGCUCUCAAUGACUUUGAAGGUGCAGGAGUAUCCCACUCUCAAGGUGUUAUAAGCUAACACGAUUGAGGAGAGGAAGCACAUCAUUUUUCUGACCCUUGAAAGGAGAGCGUAGUUCUGUAAUGGUUCCCCCCACCUAAUCUGGUGCCAUAUGAAACAUUGAACAAACGGUUUCGAGCUGCACAGAAGAACAUUGAUCGAGAGACCAGCCACGUUACAAUGGUUGUGGCAGAGCUGGAGAAGACGCUGAGCAGUUGUCCUGCUGUGGAUUCAGUUGUUAGUCUCCUGGAUGGAGUAGUUGAAAAACUCAGUGUUCUGAAACGAAAGGCAGUUGAAUCAAUCCAGGCUGAAGAUGAAAGUGCAAAACUCUGCAAACGUAGGAUUGAACAUCUCAAAGAACAUAGUAGUGACCAGCCAGCUGCUGCAAACAUGUGGAAGAAGAAACGUAUGGAUCGUAUGAUGGUGGAACACCUCUUACGCUGUGGCUACUACAAUACAGCUGUAAAACUAGCAAGACAAAGUGGUAUUGAGGACUUGGUAAAUAUUGAGAUGUUUUUGACUGCGAAAGAAGUGGAAGAGUCAUUGGAAAGACAAGAGACUAUGACUUGCUUGGCUUGGUGUCACGAUAACAAAUCCAGACUCAGAAAAAUGAAGAGCUGUCUGGAGUUCAGCCUAAGGAUUCAAGAGUUCAUUGAACUCAUUCGACAGAACAAGAGACUGGAUGCUGUGAGACAUGCCAGAAAGCAUUUCAGUCAGGCUGAGGGAAGCCAGCUGGAUGAGGUUCGACAAGUGAUGGGAAUGUUGGCCUUUCCUUCAGACACUCAUAUCUCCCCCUAUAAGGAUCUCUUGGACCCUGCUCGAUGGAGAAUGCUGAUCCAACAGUUCAGAUAUGAUAACUACAGACUACAUCAGCUGGGAAACAAUUCUGUUUUUACUAUAACACUCCAGGCAGGCCUUUCAGCUAUCAAAACACCACAGUGCUACAAAGAGGAUGGGAGCUCAAAAAACCCAGACUGCCCUGUGUGUAGCAAAUCCCUGAACAAGCUGGCUCAGCCUCUGCCUAUGGCACAUUGUGCCAACUCCCGACUAGUCUGCAAGAUUUCGGGGGAUGUAAUGAACGAAAAUAAUCCUCCUAUGAUGUUACCAAAUGGAUAUGUCUAUGGAUACAAUUCUCUGCUUUCUAUUCGUCAAGACGACAAAGUAAUUUGCCCAAGAACCAAAGAAGUCUUCAACUUCUCACAAGCUGAGAAAGUCUACAUCAUGUAGGUCCGUAAAACCCAUGAUGAAGUGCCGCUGGAAUUUUGACACCGUGUAUCUUGGCAUACCCUGUACAGGGGGAGGCCUUAAUGUGUGGCAAAGAAGCAAAACCUGCCACCUUGGGGAUCAGACCUGUCGGUGGCAUUCUUGUUUCUUGCGACCAAAGAUCAAUGAGCAACAAUAAACACUCUUUAAAAAGAAAAACAAAAGAGAGAGAGAGGAAUUAAGUUUGUACUUGAAUAAAAAUGAAAACAAAUUUUGAUUGUUAAGGUUUUGUAACGUAAGGUCACAAAUUGGACUCUUCUCAAAAGUACUUUCAUCUUCUAAAGGAUACAUUUCUUUAAAGAUGGACACUUGCACUGGGGGAAAAGUUACAACAGAUUUGAAAUUAGAUCCAUUUUUCUUCCCUCUGUUUCACAAUUGUCCAAGACCCUUUUGUUAUCAAAGAUUUCAGUACUACCACUAUGUUCUCCUUUAAGCUCCUCUUUGCCUUCUUUAUGAUCCUCUCGUGAAGCAAUCCCCAACGUGAAUAACUUAUUUCCAUGGGAAGUUACUGAUGUCUUUGACAGAAGACUGACUUCUCUGGAGGAUCGACUAGGGACUGGUUUGAAGGAGUAUGAAGUCUUUUUCCAAACCCAAAUAUUUUAAGGAGGUUGCAUAAGUAUCAAGAGGAACUGAGAACAUUUCAGGCAAAAUCCAAUGCUUGUUUAAAUGUUCUUUUUCCAGUCUACCAUAGUGUUAAAGUCCUUCUAAAGUUAUUAGUUAUGUGCAUAGGGUUCAAUAUGAAAUCAUUAGUGCUACUGCCUUAUUUCUUGCUUUGAGAAUGUACUUACAUGAAAAUGAGCUGGUAUUCUUAAGUGUCGGGCGAAGUUUCUGAAGAUGCCUUGCAGGAUGAUUACAUAAUUUUAGGGUCUAAAUAGUAUUCAUUACUGAAACUAAUAGUUCAAUUUUAACAGCUACAGAACACAUCCUUAUGACUUUUCAGAAGAAUUAAACCAUUGUAGUUUAAACAAAACCAUAUUGUAGAGGUUUGUAGUUAGCGCUUAUUUUUGCAUGUUGAUGUUGAUUAGCUAAUAAAAGAUUGUAA